GAAUACAAAAAAAAAUUAAGAAAAAUAUGCAAGUUUUCCUUUGCAACGGUGCUGACAAAAAAUUCAAAUUUGAAACGUCAUUUAACAGUGUUUGUUAUUGUUAUGAUUUUUUACGUCCAGGCCUCAGGCGCUUACCGAAAAAGUUCUGCAAAAUAUUCCUUCGCGAAAUGGAGUCGAAAGACGAUGAAUAUUGGAAUGAUUCGGCGAACAAAUCGUUCAACUUUGACGAAGACGAUGUGGCUGUCCUCGAAAUUGCAAGCAACAACAAACGAAGUCUCUUUGGCGAAGACACCGUUUCGGAAUCAAACUAUGGCAGUAGUCAGCGGGAACUUCCACUGCAGAGCAUUAUCUCGAAUGAGAAUCUCGAAAUAAUAUUGCAAGAACAGUCACGUCAUGAAAUGACCAUUCCGAAGGGUAUAUCGCUCGAGGAGGAAGUAAAGCUACUGCGGAAGAAGAUACAAGAGUUUAACUACGCUCCGUCCGUAGCUUCGGUCAUCCGGAAAUUGAUCCUUGGCAAAUCAUGUUCACUGGAAAUGUUUCGAUCGAUGGCGGAAAAAGAACAGCUGAUCGAUGAAGCGAUCGCUUCCGGGUGUGGCAAUGCGAUCCUGAAAGUGACCCUGUUUCUGGAUCAAACGCUUAAAAAGAAACUUUUCUAUACGCUACUACAAACUCGCCCAGAAGCCGUUCAUCAUUACGUGAACUAUUUGUCUCUUCGGCUGAAAGUGACCGAAUGUACUGAUUUGCUGGUAUUUUUAGGAAGACACCAUGAAGCGAGCUUACUACAAUUUUCCAUAUUUGUAUGCAGUACAUCCAAUCUCGAUAUAAAGCGACAGAGGUUGAAAAAGAUUUACAGCGAUUAUUUCUCCCAGCCGGGUGCGAACACAUUCUAUGCGCAAUUGGUGAUCAACUAUUUGAAUCUCUUAGAAUAUCAAACCGGAGAGCUUCACUCGUCGGGAGGAAGCAGCAAAGCGUUGGCCAUUCAAGACAAAUCAGUGCUGGAAACAUUGAACUACGUUUGUGGGAAGUACAAAUGGGGCGACACUUCUCUGCAGACGAACGACAAUCCUUUCAAGCUGGCCGAAAAUCAUCAAGUAUCGCAGGCCCAGUUCGAGUGGGUCGCCUUGAACGAGCGUGCGAGGCAACAGGCGUGGCUAGACUUUGAUCAUGUUUUCGAGCGAAAAGCAUGGUUGAAUUUGAAACAAAAAUCUUUUAAAAUUAACAUUCCCAUCGAUCGUACGAUAUUGCGAUUGCAUUCUCUCAAUGCACCCGAUCCGGUUCUGAAUACAUUUCUCGCCAAGUUAGAAGAUCCGCAAAGACGAUUAGCUCUGGCGAAGAAGGUACAUUCGAAGCACGGUAUCGUGGAUGCGCUUGUGCUACUGAAGGAUCGUGCAGAGCUGGAAAGCUAUCAAAACUCGCUUGAUAAUGGCACUGAGGAGCGGCUGUAUGCAGCAAAUGCUCUAAAAUCUUUGAACAAUAAAUGGAAAAGUGAUGCUAUGAAGCUUAUCAAGUGAUAAUAAAGCAAA